AUGAAAAUCCAAUUUCACGAUCAUUCAUAAAUGAAAAGCACCCACCAAUUUUCCCUCUGUUUGCCAACUGGAGAAAGAAAAGAAACUUGUCAUCGCAUUUUUCUCAUAGCAGCGCAUCUAUAAGACAACUCCAUUCGAUUUCUUCUAUAUUCGAUGAUUCUACACGUACCCAUUUAACUAAUUUACACUUCACUUUGUCUUUGAAUCGACAUGGACGUGUAGCUUAGUGUAUUUCACUUCCCAUUUUCUUCUCCGCCACCUUUUCUCGUAAUAAACUCUCCCCAUUCUUUUCACUUUCCUUUCUGUUCCUCGGAUUCUCCGCUUAGCGCCUAUAUAACCAGAAUGGCGGGUGCUGUGUUUCACCAAGGUAUAGGGAGACUUCAAUCUUAUCAACAUUUCCAUAACUCUGGAUUUCAUCAAGAGGUUGGAAAUGUUUCAGUCAAAUCCAUAUCAAAAGGUUUUCAUGUUGAUAUUGGAUGGUCAGUGUCAAGAAAAAGGGGUUAUAGAUCUUGCAGGACGAGUUUCACUGUUGUUCGAGCUACUGCUUCGCAAACUUCAGUGGUUGAUCCAGUUUCAACCCCCUCACAUGACAGGACCAAUGAACAUCCAAAAAAAUCAAGUGAGGCAGCUCUUAUACUGAUAAGGCAUGGUGAGUCAUUAUGGAAUGAAAAAAACCUGUUCACAGGUUGUGUCGAUGUGCCAUUAACAAAGAAGGGUGUGGAAGAGGCAAUUGAAGCUGGUAAGAGAAUCAGCAACAUACCUGUAGAUAUGAUAUAUACAUCGUCAUUGAUUCGUGCACAGAUGACUGCUAUGCUUGCCAUGACCCAACACCGUCGGCGAAAGGUGCCAAUCAUUUUGCACAAUGAAAGUGAACAGGCAAGGUCAUGGAGUCAAAUAUUUAGUGAGGACACAAAAAAGCAAUCCAUUCCAGUUAUAACAGCUUGGCAAUUAAAUGAAAGAAUGUAUGGGGAAUUACAAGGUCUGAAUAAGCAGGAAACGGCAGAUAGAUUUGGGAAGGAAAAAGUUCAUGAGUGGCGCCGAAGUUAUGACAUACCUCCACCUAAUGGUGAGAGUUUGGAAAUGUGUGCUGAACGAGCCGUUGCUUAUUUUGAAGAUGAGAUUGAACCACAACUCCUUUCAGGGAAGAAUAUAAUGAUUGCGGCCCAUGGGAAUUCACUGAGGUCCAUCAUCAUGUACCUUGACAAAUUAACUUCCCAGGAGGUUAUAAGUUUAGAACUAUCAACAGGAAUACCUAUGCUUUACAUAUUCAAAGAGGGUAGGUUCAUCCGAAGAGGGAGCCCUGUAGGACCAACUGAGGCUGGGGUCUAUGCAUAUACUAGGAGAUUAGCUCAAUACAGGCAGAAGUUAGAUGAGAUGUUGCAUUAAGAUAUCCAAGAAUUGGGGGCUACCUACAAUUGCAUCACAAUCUCCAUGCUGUUAGUCCUCAUAAACCUAAAGAAGAAAAUGAAGGGUAGAUAUGCGUUGCGGCAAAUGUUCUGAACAACUAGAAAGUUGCUACUGCAUUUUGUGUAACUUGCGUGUUGGGUCAGUCAAGUCUUGUUUAGAGUCCUUGGCCGUGUUUCCUCUCAGGCUAUUAUGUAGGUGCCUGGGAAAUUCUGUUGUUCUUCAAAUCUUGUAAAAGAUGUAUUUGAAUAAAUAAGAGCAUAGUUCAUAUAAGAUGUUCCGCUUCCUAGUUAUUACAAAUUUGAUAAAAGUGAUACACGAGUAGUUUUUUCUCUCGUUA